UAACUCUGUCGCUCUCCUCGCACAGCCCCCCAAGCCUGUUAUAAAGACGUCGGACGAAGUUUGGCUCAAUUACUCGCUUGUUUUCCCCUCGGAAAAGCCAACGUCAGGAGACAGCAACAGCUGGAGAAAACAUCUAGAGCAUGUCAGGUCAAUUCCUGCUCCUGUUACCUCUCCUGGUAACCGUCGCACAGUCACAUUCUCGAAAAAGGCAGGCAGCGUAUGUGGAUCUACGGCAAAAUGAAAUGGUUGUCGAGCCGUACGUUACGAGGAACUUUACAUUGACGUGCACAGUGACAAGUGCCUUGUUCCAGGAGUACGAUAGAGAUAGCCAAAAGUACUACACUACGAAUUCCAGAGGCUCUAACAAGGAGCAGUUGGUGAGAACCCGUUUGCUGAGGGCUACCAUAUCUGGACCUGCUCCGAGUGCCUGGGAAGUGGUAGCCCAACAAACGGACACAGAUUCCAAUGCCACCAGUUUUGAAGACGGGGUCAUUGCCUAUGGCGACAUAAGAAAGCCCACUUAUCUGGAUGUCACAUGGUCCACAGCAACACCGUCGACGCUCGGGAAGUUCGUUUGUGACGCGUUGGUCGUUUUUGGUGACUCGGCAGAACUUAAAAAAUCGACGACUUUGGAAAUCGGAAAUAAUCUAAAGGGAGCAGACUUCUCAAAAAUGCUGGAGAUCGGGACGGCAGACAUCCUCUCUAAAGUAAAAGAAGAAAAUAACGCCCUGAAGGAACAAGUACAAAACCUUAAAGAGACUGUCAGGCAAAAUCUGGCCGAUCACACCGUGACUCUUGCCAAGAUCGAAUCACAAUAUCAAAAAAUUAUUGAAACUGGCCUUCUUCAACACUGGCCUUUUGGUAGUUACGCCUUGCUCGAGCCCACCUCUGGUUGCCCUGUCGACUAUAUAAGCACAUGGGCCAAGGGUUCUAUUCGUGUCCACACAGAGUCCACACAGAGAAACGAAGAUGAAGUCUCAGAGUCCAACCAUUUGAAAAAUCCAGUUCUCUCGCGAGAAAACGGGAAUAAUUUUGUGACUCAGCAUUUCUGCGUGAAGACAUCCGUUCUCACGUUCGGUCCUAACUGGCCGAAGGGAUCCUACUGCAUCAACAAGAAGGGAGAAUGUCCCGCAGGGUUUCAGAAUGGGUGGCUUCGGUGGGAUUACGAAGACGGCAAUACUAAAGCAAAUCAAACUGGUGCUGUUCCUGACAGUAAUUUCAGUUCCCAUCUCACGAUGCACUACUGUUGCCGAGAUGACGGCUCUCCCGAAGACGAGAUCUCCCUACCCACAAAUCAUCCCUUUUACCUGUAUCGUCGCGGUGGACAGUGUCAGAACGUACGUGACAUGAACGUGAGCCAUGAGUUUUUGCUCUUCGACACGGAGAACAAGGACAACGACGACGAGGCCGCUGGCGCCGUACCAGACGUACAAGUCAAUAACAUUCGAAUGGAACUUUGCUACUAUCAUACACGCUAAUUCAAUUACACAAGCCGGAAACUUUCUUCCUACUAUGCGUCCUAAUUCAGUAGCCUCACACCGGGUUUUUGUUACUAUUUCACUUUUUUGGAGUAUUCGGUUUUCAAAUCACCGUCUUUCUUUCCAAAUAAUAACUAAUUUAUCAAAAUUGCAGCCUCAUUCCUACGAACAUUUCUCUUUAAGACGAGUGGCCUUGUUCUGCCUUACUAAUCAGCAGCUAAUAAUAAAUUGGUCUACUUACUGAACUAUUCCACUAUUUAAGAAUAUUCGUUCGGCAAUAUAAACACCACAUGUUUUUCUUUAAAAAUCUAUUUUUUUCAAACUCGCCACAUAACUCAUAAAACACAAAUGUUGAAAACAAAACAAAGAUAUAGUUACUUCAAAAUUGUGCCUUUGAAAACGAUCCUCAUUGUAUGACAGGUUAUAAACGUAACAUGUGACAAGAUACAACCGUAACAAGAUAAACAGUCUAUUGACUCACUACAGGAAUAUUUUGUCUCUUUUUUUUUCUCAAUACAACUAUGAUUAAAAUCCUUAAGUUCAUGAA